UGGGGCCUGGGUGAGUUUAUUUUAAACGGGUUUCACAAAACUAUUACAGUUCUCAUUUACGUGUGUGUGGGUGCAUAUGCCAUGGCUGGCAUGUGGCAGUCAGAAGACAGCUCACAGCGAUCCAUCUCAGGGCUAUUAUUUGGCUGCAAGCUCUUUCACCCUCUGUGCCAUCUCACAGGCCCUAGAGGGGUGUCUGGCCGGAGACGACGACAAGCACAAGCCGUAACCGACAGGGGGCGCUGCCACCUCCCCCUAAGGCGCCCACCCCCGGAGGCGCGCACGCUAGGCCUCCCACCGCGCCUGCGCUGAGUGUGGACUCCAGCUCGCCUUUCCCCGACGCCCGGCUGUCUCGGCCCGGGUGAAAACUGCGUGACACGCAGGGAGCGUAGCGGCCAUCUUCGUCUUCUGGGCACGUCAGCCGAGCGCGUUUGGGCCGAAGAGAAGCGCUGCGCAAGCGCACCCACGACGGCCCCAGGUAACUCCCAUCUGACGGGAGAGGCGUCGCCGCCGCCGCCGCCGCCGCCGCCGCCGCCGGAAGUUUGGUGUUUGUGCCGCGGGGCGGCGACGGCCGCGGCAGAAGCAGCUGAGUGUCUCCGGGUACCCGGAUGUGAGGCGACCUGCGGGCUCGGCUGGACCCCGGCCGCGCAGCGGGAAGGUUCCCAAGUAUACAGUUGUAAUUAGAAGCAUCACUUAACAUCAAGAAACUUAAAAAGGUAAUACAGGAUUUCGAUUUCAUUAAGGCGCUGUAUAAUGUGUUAAGAAGAGGUUAUAAGGAAUGGUUUUAGCAGAUUAUCUUGAGUUAUGGUGGCUGAAACAUCAGUUCUGUCUUGUGGGAAAAGAACUAAAUGGCAGCAUAAAAGGAGAUCUAUAUUAAUAGAGUACUUUACUAAGCGAAGGAAAUUAAAUAGCCACAAACCAAGACACUUGGCAACCAAGGAAAGAAACCUGUUAGCCAUAAGACAUGUUACAGAUGCAUCAGCGUCCAGUAGCUGUAGCCUUCAGAAGAAAAAAGUUGUCAGAAAUUUUGUCAAAGCAGACAGGUCAGUGAUACAUAACUCCUAGUAAUAGGGUUAGGCCUGAAACUAAAGUAAUUAAAACAAAUUGGAUCUGAAUGAAGUUUAUUUUCAUUAAAAAAAUAAAAACUCCUGAAAAUAUUAAAUUAGAAUUAAAUUUUCUUCAGAUUUCCAUUUCCCUACUCAGCAAAAUCAUAAAGCAAAUAUCUUGCAGCAUUUACGCCAGCUUUUUUCAUGUCUUAGGAAUUUCAGAGAGCAACCUUACUUGAAACAACCUGAUAAUUCUGUUGGAAAUGUACAUCAGUAUAAGUUAAAGUUGAUUUUUAAGAUCUUCUCAGUAAUAAUACUAAGUACUUAGCAUCUGCAUCUACCUGGACCACAGUCCUCAAAAACGCCUCAGAAAGGAAGACAUUACUCAGGAAUAAUGUCCAUUCAGGAGAAAUCAAAACAAAAUUCCUCCAAAGUUACUAAAGAAAUUGAAGAUGAAAAUUUAGAACUAGAAAUUCAAAGUUCUCAAAACAGUCUAGCAAAGAAACCAGGUUCCAAGGAAGCUGUAAAGGCACUGGUUAGAUCUUCCACCGAGAGUAAAAUAAAUCAGCCUGAAUUGGGAACACGAAUGAAUACAAGGUCAGCAUCAGCAGCUGAUAAAAAUGCAACUAAAUCCAUUAAUAAUAAUAUGGUAACUGUGAAGGGACAGUCACAAGAAUCUACAAAAAAGAAGAGAUUAUGUCAGGAAAAAUUAGUGCUUGGAACCUUCAAAGGAAAUGAGCAACGUAACCGGAGAUCACAAAGACUACAACAGUUAAGUGAGUGUUCAACCAGGUCUUUGCGCAGUAGAGAGAUUCAGAGUCAAAUUCAGGCAGUUAAACAGAAUUUGCAGCCAACAAGAAGAGAACAGUGUAACAGUACUCAAAGUAAAUCUAAUAAAGUUACAGUAAAUCAAAAGCAUGUGAAAAGAAAAGUGCUUGAAAUAAAGUCUGAUUGUAAGGAGGACAAAAAUUCAGUUACGAAUGAAGUAAUAAAUUCUCCCAAAGGAAAAAAGCUCAAAGUACAGCACGAGACAGCCUAUACUUGUAGUUCUGAGUGCAUUCCCGGAUCUGAAAAGUGUUUCCAGAAGACUGUUAGAAAAGAAGAAUCAAAACCUGUGCCUGUAACUUCUGAGAUUAGAAAAUUAAAAACAACUACUUCAGUGGUCUCUAAAAAGAAUGAACCAAGGAAAUCAGCUCAUACUCAAGUAAAUACUAGCACAAAAUCCCCCCAAAUUCCACAGCCAUUAGUGCCUGAACAAAGUAUUGAUCCUGAAUUGGAGCAAGCUGGAAAGAGCAAGCGAGGUAGCAUUCUCCAACUUUGUGAAGAAAUUGCUGGUGAAAUUGAAUCAGAUACUGUAGAGGUUAAAAGGGAAUGGUCACACAUGGAAAGUGUACAGGAGGAGAAGCCUACAGAAGUCAAACCGGAAGGGACUGAUGUUGAACGACAAAUGCUCCAUCAGAAAGAAACAAACCAGGAUGUGCAGUGUAACCGUUUCUUCCCCAGUAGGAAAACAAAGCCUGUGAAAUGCAUACUAAAUGGAAUAAAUAGCUCCACUAAGAGGAAUUCCAACUGGACUAAAAUUAAACUUUCAAAAUUUAACUCUGUGCAGCAACAUAAAUUGGAUUCUCAAGUAUCUCAAAAAUUGGGCUUAUUACGAACUGGUUUUUCACCACCAGUUUUAGAAAUGCCUCAUCCAGUGUCUCAAAGUACAUUUUUAGAGAUGAAACCACAUAGUAAUGUAACUUGCCAACAGGAUAAAAUGAAAGGAAUUAAAUCUGAAGAAGUUAAAAUUAAUAAUAUUGCAAUUGAAAUUAAUAAAGCCACGAAAAGGGUUCCUGGAAAUUGUCAUUUGGAUAAUCAUAUUAAACCCUCUCCUGACUCACCAUUGGAUGAUCAGAUGAAACAUUCUUGUGAGUCAGCACCAGAUAAGAAUUUCAGCUUAUGUUCAGCAUCUGAGGUGGAGAAUAGCUCAUUAGAAGACACUGCUGCUGCUUCAGCUCUUCCCAGUCAAGCAAAGAUUGAUGGAGACAGAAAGUUUGCAGGUUCAACUCCUAAGCAGCUUCAUAGUGUACUCAGUAAUGAAGCAUCUAUCAACAGCAAGCCCAGGGAUAUACCACCAAAUCAUUCUCAGCUGAAGUAUAAUUCUCAUUUGGAGAUAACAAUUCCAAAGGCUUUGAAACUGAAAGAAUCAGAGAAAGUGGAUGAAAAACAGCUUGUCAUAGAUGCAGGACACAAAAGAUUUGGAGCAGUGUCCUGUAAUAUCUGUGGAAUGCUUUAUACGGCUUCAAAUCCAGAAGAUGAAACCCAGCACCUGCUUUUCCACAACCAGUUUAUAAGUGCUGUAAAGUAUGUGGGCUGGAAAAAAGAAAGAAUUCUGGCUGAAUAUCCUGAUGGUAAGAUAAUAAUGGUCCUUCCCGAAGACCCAAAGUACGCCCUGAAAAAGGUUGAUGAAAUUAGAGAGAUGGUUGACAAUGAUUUGGGUUUCCAACAGGCUCCAUUAAUGUGCUAUUCCAGAACUAAAACACUUCUCUUUAUUUCUAAUGACAAGAAAGUAGUUGGCUGCCUAAUUGCAGAACAUAUCCAGUGGGGCUAUCGAGUUAUAGAAGAGAAACUUCCAGUUAUCAGGUCAGAAGAAGAAAAAGUCCGAUUUGAAAGGCAAAAAGCCUGGUGCUGCUCAACGUUGCCAGAGCCUGCAAUAUGUGGGAUCAGUCGAAUAUGGGUGUUCAGCAUGAUGAGGCGGAAGAAAAUAGCUUCUCGAAUGAUUGAAUGCCUAAGGAGUAACUUUAUUUAUGGCUCAUAUUUGAGUAAAGAAGAAAUUGCUUUCUCAGAUCCCACUCCUGAUGGAAAGUUGUUUGCAACACAGUACUGUGGCACUGGUCAGUUUCUGGUCUAUAAUUUUAUCAAUGGACAGAAUACCACCUAAUCCAGAUCUCGCCUGCUGUACCGGAAGACAUCUUCUGAAGAGAAAGAGUGGCUGCUGACUCGAACCAGGAACUAGGGCCAUUUUAUUACAGUGAACUCAGGACUGGCAACAGCCGUGUGGUUGUUCCAUUUUCAUAAAAUUGGAAACAAUGCAGUAAUAGCUAUUAUUGUUUUGUUUUUUUAAAGAAGAUAUUUUAUUAUCUUUUACAGAAAUUUAUGAUUGUAUUUUAUCUAUAGUUAUUUAGACAUGUUUACAUGCAGCAGAUAAUUGUUCAUAGUGGACUGAAAAUUAAUGCAAGGACUAUGGUCUCAGUGAUAAGUAUAUUUUGAAGUUCUUAAUAUGGAAAUAUACCAGUGUAGCUUGGUACUGUAUUUUUUAUAUUGAUCUGCUGAUACCAGUUAUAGGUUUAAAGAUUGUAUUUUCAGAGUGGAAACCAAUGUCUUUGGAGUUAUUAUUCAAGGACAGUACAGUAUUACAUGCUUAAGAAUCUGAAGCUACUAAACCAGACUCUAAGAAAACCCCUCAGAACAGAGCCCCAAGUGAAAGAACUUACAGCAGUCUCUGUUGCUUACUUUUCUGUCACUGAUGGAGGCAGUGGGAAGCUCUCUCAUGUGGCGCCAUAAAUGACUAGAGUCACAAAGAACUACAGAAUAGUUGUAAACUAAACGUGGGUGGCUUGGUAUCUGCGUUGGUAUUCCUCAGAAACACUGCACUGAGUAUACGCCCUCAUUACUGGACUUCAUUUUGAUACUUGUCUAUCCUUCAUAGUGCCCUCUACUUUUAAAGGGUUUAUAUGUUAAAAAACUGCUGUGGCCUUUUAUGACCUGUAUAUAAUGUAGAAUAAAAUAAUAAAAUUCUUGAUAGCUUUUUCUAAGUGAUAAAUGUACCGAGACAAUGUUGUGUUGAAUGUUUGUACCCUUUCAGGGAGUUUCUUGCGUUUGAGACUGAAAUAAGAUUAAAACACGGGCUUCUUAAAGGCA